AGUUCCCACAGCAAGCAAGAAAUACACCACCACCAAUCAUGCUUUGAAUGAAUCUUGCCAGAAGAGUAAGGUGAAAAUUCAUUAAAAAAGAAUACACCAGAGGUGUAUGAAAGAAAGUACAGACAAGAAAGUGUCAAAGAACAGGCUGUACCUGCCCGAAGAAGCCGAUGCCACCAACCCAAAAGAACAGGGCCUGCGAUUGUUGCUCAUCGUCAAUUGUAUUCGAGAUUGCAUAACCAAUAGACAAGUUAAUGAACAGGUUGAU